UGGACGGUGUUUGACGAUGCGAUUGGCUUUGUCUCUGUGUCUGGAAUAUUAAGUGAAACAUAUUUAUUUAUCAUAUUUCGAUUGAAUCCAAGAAGAGAUAGAGGCAACAACUAAGAAGAAUUUCUAAAACAGCUUACUCGCACCAGUGGGGAAAUAAAGGCAUUCGCGCGCUGACGAAAGGUGAUGAGGGAUGCUACAUAAGGUUUGCAAAAGCUUCCUACGCACUUGUGUUGGUCGUACUUUCCCUGUCUUCAAAUUAUUGUCCGGAAGAACGAUGAGUUCAGAUAAUAUAGAAAAGCCAGCCCUGCACGGUGCAUUGAGCAAGGUUUCCUGGCUUAUUGGAAAGUGGGAAGGUGAAGGCUGUGGUGUUUAUCCAACAAUUUCUCCUUUCAUGUACGGUGAAGAGAUCAUCUUUGAUCACGUGGGACAGCCGAUGCUCUCUUACAGCUCCAGAACGUGGCAUCUGGAAAAAGGAGCUCCAAUGCACCAUGAAGUUGGAUUUCUUAAAGUCAAACCGGAAACAUCAUCACUUGCUUUCAUUAUAGCACAGAAUACAGGUCUUACUGAAGUUGAGGAGGGUGAAGUUAAGGGACAUGAGAUUCAUCUUGUCUCUCACUCAGUUGGAAGAGCGAGUUUUGGUGCUGACCCAAAAGUCCAAAAGGUGGAGAGGAUCUUCAGACUAAAGGAUCCAGAUACGCUGGAAAUGGAGUGUUUCAUGGAAACAAGCAACACAAAACACCAAAAACAUCUGCACAUCACUUAUAAGAAGGUCAUGAACUAAUAACUCAAGAAAUAAAGUCUUAGACUUAUAAACUAGCUUAUAAACUACCAGAGCUACCAACGAUAAAUGCAAAAAAUAGUUUAGAAAAUUUAUCUUUAGGUAUCUCAUAGGGUAGUUAAUGCCAAUUAAAUGUGAUUAAGGGAUGGGAUUGACUUUUAAUUGAUGUUGUAAACAUGAGGCAAAUUAGGAGACAUUUUUUACCAUGAAUCUAUAAAAACCUGCACUGCCCAACUUACUAGGACCGUCUCAAGCACUUUUUUCAAUCUUGAUGUGCCAUGAUUCACACCUUUUGUGUUUUGUUUAUACAAAUUUACUGUUGAUACUCUGUUACACAGAUGUACUUUUAAUUUAUUCAUUAUUUAGUAAUUGAAUGAGUGCAGCAUGCACUAUUGUUAACCCUUUAACUCCUAUGAGUGACCAAGACAGAAUUUCUCCUUACAAUAUCAAUACAAUAUCAAGCAGACAAGUAAUGAGAUUAAAGGAAAAUAUGAAUUAGGGGAUUAUUAAUUGAUCCAAUAUCAAAUUCUCCAAACUAACAUCACAAGAACUAUAUGACAGACAGUAAGGAGAAUUACUAGUGAGAUCGUGGGAGUUGAAGGGUAAAUUAUUUCCUUUUGUACUCCUGCAGCUCUAAACAGUUCAGCCAGUAGAUUUGCUUGGUACCUAUCUUGUUUAGCCUUAUUGUAUCCUUGCUGAAUCAAACACUAAGUUCAUGAGAGUUAAGGAAAUGAUUGCCAGUUUAUCCUUUAACUCCUAAGAUAAGGGUAAUUGUGAAGAAGAGCUCCCCAAAAAACCUGUCAGCUGACUGUCGGUCAACUGUCAGCCGACAGUUGACCAACAGGUUACUGACAGUCUACUGACAGCUAACCAACAGGUUACUGACAGGUUAAGAAAAAAGAAAUGAUUGUUUAUUCUCCCCUCUAGCUGUUACCCAUUUCUUUGUAAAUUAGUUAUGAGAACUUGGUGCUAGGUCAAGAUAGCAGCUUCUACCUAAUAAGUUUGAAUAUUCUCAUUACCUGUCUGCUGAAAAAUGUAUGGAUAUUAUAGGUAGAAGUUUCAUGUUAACCACUUCUGGGGGUGAAAGGUUUAAUAAAUCUCUUGACUGUUAAACAAAUUCUUAUUGGCAUCAUGAGAAAUGUAUGAGGAACAGUGUUGACUCUUCUGCAUACUGAUGUUAUGGUGUUAAGCAUAAGGGUUAACCACACAAAAAAUGUAAAACCAACUGUUUGAACUUUUCAGUUAACAGGCAUUGUUGCCACACAAAUAUCCCUGUUCAACAAUUUUCACAUGUCCUUUGUACCAGGCAAUGAUAAGCAGGAUCAGCAAAGGCUGCAAUCUACAUUUUCAUUGCUGCCCUCAGAUUGGUUUCUAUUGUGUAUGUGAACUAGGUUUUUGUGAGUGCAUUGAAAUCACAAGCCCAAAGCAAGGCUAGUGAUAUUUUAAAGUUUUAAGUACUUAUCUGUUACGUUUUAUAAAUGUAGAAAUCACUGAACCAAGUAUGUUGGAGAUAGUUCAGAAAGUGUUUUAAUCUUUAAUUAGAGGUUUUUGCAACAAAUUACCUUACAAUGAUGUCAUAAUAUGAAGUCAGAGAACUGCAACUUUGCAGGUAUUGUAUGAGUCGUCAAAUAAAUAACUGGUUGUAAAAGAAAAAUGGCAUUUUCAUUGGCUAUCUUUUUAUGUAGAUGGUGCAGAAAAGGAAAAGUUUAAAAAUAACUACUGGUAGUCACAGUACAUGCAUACAAUUUUUCACACACACUGAUACAAACUGUUCAAA